CACAUUUCCUUUAAAUAGUGUCUCCCCAUUUCCUCUUUAGCUUCGAUCCUCUUCUGCAGUCAGAUAGAACUCAGCUGAAGACUGAAUUUACUCUCAGACAGGAAGCCUAAGUGCUGAAAUUCAUCUUCAUCCAGCACACCUUCCCUGCACCAGUCACCCUCUUUGACCAACUUUCAGAUCAUCUAUUCCUCUCAUCAUGUCUAACAAGCCAACCCAGUUUUAUCAUGAAGAGGCCUACAGAUCUGUGAUGACAGGUGUGAAAGAGCUGGACCUGAGAGGAUCCUCUGUUCCCUGUAACCUCCUGCUGACUGGAGAAAAUGCCUUUCCUUUAUUAAUGAACAGCUAUGGCCAAGUUCUGAUGGCUGCUUCUUCAUAUGGCCGUGGAAGAAUUGUGGUUUUGAGUCACGAGAGCUACCUGUUUACCUUUCCUGCUCUGGUAGAAAAGGCUUUAAACUGGCUGAGAGGAGGAGAAUCUGGAAACCCCUCGGUGGGGAUACAGAAAAGCCUGCAGGCAGUUGCUGAUAAACUCAACAGAUCGGUCUUCCAAGUCAGCAUUAUGGAGGCUUUUAGUGAAAGUCUGGGUGUUGGUGCUUUUGUAACAGAUGCCUACAGUGUUGGUGCAAAUCCAAGAGAGCUGGUGGCCUUUCUGAAGUCAGGAGGAGGAGUCCUGAUGGGGGGACAGGCAUGGAACUGGGCUGCAAACAACCCUGAUAAAAACACAAUCCUUCAGUUUCCAGGGAAUAAAGUGUCAGGGGUGGCAGGAAUCUACUUUACUUCAGAAUAUGGAAACAAAGAAAACCUGCCCAUUUACCCUGAAAUCCCAUCCUCUUGGAGGUUUAUAGAUGUUGGGAAAAACUUUGAGGAUGACCUGGAAUUCUUGCUGAAAGGGAUUUCAGGGUUUGAACUUCAUCCAGAUCUUGCGUGCUCUGAGGCUCUGGUCCACGGUCCUCUAGCUUUCCCCAUCGGCAUCACUGAGGGUGGACGUGCACUCUUGGCAGGAAGCUAUUAUGGUCUGGGCCGGGUCGUUUUGGUGACGCAUGAAAGUCUUCUGCAAACAGAGACAAUGUCAUCAUUUUGGAGGAAUGCAGUUCAUUGGUUGGACCAGGGCCGGAAUGGAGUCAUCGGUUUUGAUCAAGAAGGCAUAAUUUUACCCAAUCUAGAGUUAAAUUGUGAAAAGACAAGGUUCAGGCCAGACCUGAGUGUGUAUGUGUGCACAGCAUACAGUGAUGAACAUGUUGAGGAAAUCCAAAACUUUGUGGCAGAGGGGGGAGGCCUGCUCAUUGGUGGGCAUGCUUGGUGGUGGGCAUCAACAAACCCAGAGCAAAACCCAUUCCAAGACUUUUCAGGAAACAAGAUCUUGAACAAAAUGGGCUUGAGCUUGUUGACAGACACACUUAAUGAUGUUUCCUACAAGUGCUCUGAGCCGAGCCAGGUCAGCCAAUUCCACUUUCGUCGUCUUCUCCGUCGCUUCGCUGAUCACGUUACUGACGGCAAAGACCUCACCAAACAAGAGGAGGACCUCCUUCCAAAGCUGCAAAGGGAGUGCAGCAACUUCUUGAGCAUGAAAGCUUAUAAUAGCUUCUUCUACAGACAGGUGCUCCUCUUCCUCACUGACAUGCUGAAGAAGUUUGGCAUACCACAGGUGAGUGAACAGAACCCUGUGAAGACUCCAAAAGACCGUCUACUCCUCGAAGUGGCAACCAAAGUCUUUAAUGUUUCCCAAAACCAGGAUGCCCUUCUGCCCUUCUUCAUCAAGGAUAACCCAUCACUGCCUGUCAGCUACAACCAAAGGAUCAAGAUUAAUGCCAAAACAGCAGAAAAUGAAGAGUGGAUCAGUACAGGUCUGUACCUCCCCCCUGGCAUGAAGACAUACACGAUAAUGCCAUCAAAGCUUGUUAACAAUAGAUGGCAGAUCCAGAUCAGUUGCCAGUCUGAUGUGCUGAUACAUGAACAUUUGAAGAGACCACCUUCUGUUUGUGAGCGAUAUCCUGUAACCUCUGAGGUGAUGCAGGUGUGGAACCUGUGGGGUGGGCUCAUCUAUCUGGUGGCUCCACGUGACAUAAAGGUGGAUGGGGAAGAGGUUAUUGUGCAGGUGGCUGUACCAGCCCCUUAUUUCAAGUCUGGUGUGACGACGGCUGAUGAUUGGUCCAUGCUGCGUGCGGCCCCUGCACCUUGGGCAGAGUUAGAGUUUGACAACAUCAUCCUCACAGUUCCCUCACAUAUUGUCCGUGAUCUGGAGCGCCCUCACGAGGUGGAAAAACUCUGGAAUGACAUCAUGAAGGGUGUUGCAGAUCUGGCAGCUUUACCACAAAAAUUUGACCGCAAAGAACGCAUUGUUGCUGAUGUGCAGAUUUCUGCAGGUUGGAUGCAUUCAGGCUAUCCCGUUAUGAUGCCUUCCUCUAUAGCAGCCGAGCUGUUCAGACCACAAGAUGCUAAGACCAAAGGUCUCUGGGGAGAAACUCAUGAACUGGGACACAACCAACAGAGAAUCUGCUGGGAGUUCGAACCACACACAACUGAGGCAACAUGUAACCUGUGGUCGGUGUAUGUGCAUGAAGAGGUGCUGGGACUCAACAGAGCAAAGGCACAUCCUGAGAUGACCUUGGAAAAACGAAAGCACUGGGUAGACGAGUAUGUUAAGGAAGGCAGGAAUCUCGAGAAGUGGAAUGUUUGGACUUGCCUAGAGACAUAUUUGCAGCUCCAAGGAAAGUUUGGCUGGGAUGCCUUUAAGAAGGUGUUUGCUGCCUACCAUGACAUGAGCAACUUUCCCAAAGACAACAAAGGAAAGAUGAACCUGUAUGCUGAAACUUUCUCCCAGACUGUGAAGAUGAAUUUGAGUGAGUUCUUCAAGGCCUGGGGAUGGCCUAUCGAAAAAGCCACUGAGGAGAAACUCUCCAACCUGCCGCCCUGGAGGGAUCACCCCAUGGUCCAGUACAGCUGAACCUCAGAAUGGAUCUGGUUUGUAGUGUGGACUGACCUGAGUUUGCUCAUCAUUAGUCAUGAACUGCGUGUAGUUCUGUAUUAAAACAGUUAUUCCGAACAAUCAGAAAAUAAUGUGUCCAAAUCAUAAAAAGUGUGCUUGUUUGAUUUAAACUUGUGUAUUGGGCUUAAUGAAGAGAUGAAAUGAUUCUUCAAGUAAAGGAGAACUUUAAAAAGACAUCAUAAAACCACUGCCUGAAAUUAUGUAGAAAAAUAUCAAAAAUGCUGGGAAAACUGGGCUAAUACAUCUUCCAUGUGGCUUGAUAUUUAAACCUCACAAUCAAACUAUUUGUCUUACAUUUUUUGUUUUUUGAGUGCAUGAAAUCAGUUUAAUGAAGCAUCCCAGUAAGAAUAAAUUCAAAUGUGACUUGAAGGCAGUGUAGUGGCCAUCUGUAAAUUGGAAGGUUUCUCCCAGAUUUCAAAGUCUACAUGUGAAAGGUACUGAGCCCUGCGUUAACCUCUAAAAUAUCAUCAGUGUGUGAAUGUGUGUGAUAGGUAAAAAUCACAAGUUGGGGCGGCGUUUAACUCAACUGGUUGAACGGCCGCCCCAAGUACAGCGGCUACAGCUCUUCAGUGCAGUGGGUUCAGGUUUGAGUCCCUACGUAGGGCCUUUUGCUGCAGGUCAUUCCCUGCUCUCUAUGACCCCCUUUCAAGUCCAGCUACUGUUAAUUAAAGGCCACUAGAGCCCAAAAUCCUUAGCAAAAAAUCACAAGAUAGGAACUGCUGUAUGAGUGUGAAUGCGGCUUCUUGUGUGAAAGUGCUUUAAAUAAUCUAAAUACUAUUAAAAUUGUUAUAUAAGUAGAGUUUAUUUACCUUUUUUUUUGGAUUAGAAAAAAAGUUUUAUAAUGAUUUUACUCACACAAGUCGUGGUGUGAGAAUCCUGAACGGAUCAUUCUAAACUGGAAUUAUUUUACUAACUUGUGAGCCAUGAUUCCUCACCUCUAUUUACUUUAUUACAAGUAUUCUUUUUUUUAUUAUUAUUAUUAGCGGUGCUUAGCAGACUGCGGUUCUAUCAAUUGUGUUUUGGGUUUUACUGUAUCUUCUGUUUAAUGUGUGUGUGUGUGUGUUUUUUUUAUCUAUUUUUAAUAUUGUUAAAAAGUCUUUUAAAAAACUGAAUGGUGGGUAAAAAAUAUUAUAAUUUUCUUCUGUAAUUUUUUUUAUUGUUUCUGUUGAUGCUUUUUGUUUAUAUAAAAAGGAAGUUAUAUAAUAAAUAUGGAUAAAGGUAAAUGU